GUCUCCUCCUUUUUCUCUUCGGCAGGAGCAGGAGCGGCAGCUUGACGACAGUCAGCUUUCGGCUUCGGGACAGAUUUUGAAUAUUGAUGAAACUUACCCUCAGUAGCUUCAGCAGUAGCGGUCUCGGCGACAGGCUCGGCGGCGGCGGCUUCGACGGGCUUGGCGUCCUCGGUCUUCUCUUCCUUCUUCUCCUCAGUCUCCUCCUUCUUGCCGAGGAAGGAGCCGAAGAUGCUGGCCCUCUUGCGAGACUGAGAGCGGCUCUUGGCCUUGUCCUUGGCCUCAGUGGUCUCCUUGGCCUCCUCAACAGGAGCAGCCUCUUCCUUCUUGGCCUCCUCCUUAGCCUCAACGGGCUUCUUGGCGGGCUCAGCAACAACAGGCUUGGCUGCAAGAUAAUUAGAAUUGAUCCGUAUUUAGCAACUCGAUCCAAUAUCACUUACUCAGCUUCUCGAGCUCAGCCUUGUAGCCCUCGCUGGCAACGAUGGUCUCCUUUUCAGCCUUGGCCUCAGCGGCCUUGGCUUCCAGAGCAACAAACCAGCUGUCACGCUCAGCAGCGUUAGCAGCCUGGAAAGUAUGCUUCUGGCCGUUAACCUUGAAGAGGAAUUCGUUGGCGCCCUCCUUGGCAAGGUCGGAGAUCUCAGCCUAAGACGUAUUAGCAUGAAUAACCACGCUAUGUCUCACGAAGGAAAAAAGUAAAAAAAAAAAAUUGCUUACCAAGUUGAAGAUACCAGCGGGGGUAGCCUUAUCCUCGGCGCGCUUGGUCAGGAACAG